AUGCGAAAGGUCAGCGAGAGUGACUUAGAAACUACAAACUACGAUGAAUAUGAGAAUUCUGAUGACAAUGACGACAAUAAAAAAAUCUACAGUGGAACAUCCCAUUUCGAAGCAACUGAACAUUCGAACACGUUUAAUAACAACACAAACCCUCAAAUUAAUCAACAUUACAAUUCAAAAACAGGUGGAAAUGAUUAUAAUCCACAGCAGAAUGAUCAGCGCGACGCAAAUCCUUAUCAAUACACGUACAAUGAUAAUAAUAAAUUAAAUAUCAGAAAUCAUAAUGAUGGUCAUCGUAACGACUCGAAUAACAAGCAAGAAAGAGAUAAAGCAUGCGUAUUGCAAUGUUUCUUCCAAGAAUUGAAAAUGAGUAAUGAUGAAGGCUUUCCCGACAAACACAAAGCAUUGCACGUUUUGACAAGAGAUUUGCGAGAUCGAGAGCUGAAGGAUUUUUACACAGAUUCAAUUCAAGAGUGUUUUCGUAUGAUCGAUACCGACCCGAAGCUACAUCGUGACAACUGUUUGUUCUCGAAAGCUUUAAUCAUAUGCAUGACGGAACGCGCUAAAAUGAAUUGCAGCGAUUGGCAAAAUUCUAUUGGCGAAGGAGUUUUUAUCUAA